CGCUGCAGUGAGUGCACGGGUGCCAGCGGCUCGGGAUCGGAGCAGCUCGGGGCCGCUCGGUGUCUCUGUGCUCGGGCUUGGACAUUAUUUUAACCCCCCUGAUCGACCGGAGACGGAUUUUUUUAACGGCUGCAAGAAUGUGACCCUAUGCAUCACGUUUUUUUUUUAUUUUCUUACCCCGAUUCUGCUGAUCGAGCAGACGAUUUGAUCACGCUUUUUUUUAAAAAAAAAAACAUUAUUAUUAUUUCGUUCAUCAUCUGUCUCCUCAGCGCGGAAAACACCUGGACUGAUCUCAGGGUAACCGUGCGGGGUUUGGAGGAGAUUCCAGGUUUUUUUUACCGGGAGUGGGCAAUAAUAUGUCCAGGCGAAAACAGACCAACCCCUUCAAAGUUGACUGGCCAUUCCACACUUCAGGCAUCACAGGACUUCAGCACGCUACUAACAUGGAUGGCAGGGACGAAUUCACCGAAGACAGUGAAUGCUGCAGCAACAACUCCCAGGAAGUACAAGAGCAGGAUAGCAUCUCAGAAGACAGCGAUAGUGACCUUGACAACCACGGUGAAGACUCAUCCUCCAACACCUCCGCUGACGACCACAUGACCACCAAGAGAUCGCAGUGCCGCCUACAAGGAGCGGGAGUCAAAGAGGAGAGCGAGGAAGGGGCAGACAGCAACAACUUUGUUUGUCCUCUCUGCACGCUGGAUUUCAGCAGCCCUGAGAAGCUCAUCUCCCAUGUCUACCAGCACACGACUAUGAUGAGCAAUAGCAAGAGCUAUGUGUGCCCAGUGUGUGGGCGAGCCCUGAGUUCGCCUGGCUCGCUUGGACGGCAUCUUCUCAUCCACUCUGAGGACCGCCUCUCCAACUGCGCUGUCUGUGGUGCACGCUUUACAGACACCAACAACUUUAACAGGGAGAAGCUUAAAGAUGUCCUCGACACAACCAGGAUGGAUGUCACCGAUGGGAGGGACACCUGUUCCAUGUCCCUCUCCAGCAGCCCCAUGACCAGCUCAGACCAGGGCUCUUGCUCUUGUCACGGACCGGGCCCCAGUCCCAGUUCAUGUCAGGGUCCUCGCCCCUGUCAACCACCUGACCCCAACCCCAGCCUUUGUCAGGCCCAUCGUACCUGCCAGGGACCAGGCCACAUGCAGAGCCAUUGUCAAGGCCCCAGACCGUGUCAUGGCCCGGGACCAUGCACAGGCUCUGACCAAGGGCCCUCCUUUCCUUCACUGCCCGACAGUCUCCUCUCUGAAGGGCCAUCACUGGCAUCUAUCCCUGAUGCUCUUAACUCCUCUUCCUCAGGCUUUCCUCCCAUCCCCGACAUCCUCAGCCCUAUGCCGGUGUAUCCUGCCGGAGUGCUGCUGGUGUGCAACAGCUGCGUGGCCUAUCAGCAGCUAGUGGAGGCCCAGUCUCCAAUGCGAAAAUGGGCUCUGCGCAGGAAGAACGAACCCUUGGAGGCCCGUCUGCAACGUCUAGAGCGUGAGCGCACAGCAAAGAAGAACAAACGGGCAUGUGAGACAGAAGAGGAGAGGGAGCUGAGGAGGCUGCGGGACCGCGAGGCCAAGCGCAUGCAGAGGAUGCAGGAAUCAGAGGAACAGCGGGCACGCAGGCUGCAGAGAGACAGGGAGGCCAUGCGUAUGAAGAGGGCCAACGAGACACCAGAGAAGAGGCAAGCUAGGCUUAUCCGUGAGAGGGAGGCGAAGAGGAUCAAGCGACGGCUGGAGAAGAUCGACCCUGCUCUGAGGACACAGAUAGAGCAUGAUCCUGCUGCCAUGGCUGCCCUCACAGCAGACAUGAGUCUCUUUCAGUUCCCCUGCCCCAUGCCUGUCCCCUCCAUUGAUAAUGGUCUGUUCAUGAAGCUGCCCUGAUGGGACCAGGCCACUACGGGGGGGGGGCAACUGGCCUCCAGCAGCACCAGUAACCUCUGCGCUCUGCCAUCAGACUGCCAUGGUCACAGUGAACCAUUCCUCGCUGGUUUUACUUCCAGCUUCUUCUGUGUCGAACAGCCUCACAGACAAACUGCUUUGUUAAAUACAGCAAAAACUACUCCAAUUUCUAAUUUAUUACAGUCUAGAAAACCUUGGGAACAGGGUUGAGAAUGUUUCAUAUUGUAUGGAUGAUGACAUAAAAGCAUGUUGUAAAGAGAUUUAUCUGUUCGUCAGUGGGCUAGCAGAUUUAACACAAUUCAUUCUAGUAGGAGCAGUUAUACUUCCUUUUCGGGGGAAAAAAAAAGUUUUUGCACAUGGACCUUCAGUGACAGGAGUGGGGACUUUGUAGCCACAGCCCCCCUCCCUUCUGGUCCACUCCGCCAGCCCAGUGACUCGAGUUUACCGGUAGCUACACCUCUUUCUUCAAGCUGCCGCUGUGGGUCCCUGGGAAGUUCAUAUUCAGUCAAACUCUACUACCUCAGCUGGCGCCGUGGUCGCGCCCUCUGUCUUGUGGCUUACUGCGUUCCAACUCCAAGCUUCCAAAGCUCUACAUGUACUGUACACUACUACAGAGGAUGCGGGUUGUUUUCCACAAUUUGCGUUUGCAUUUAUUACUGAGGCCCUUCAGUGAGGCACAAACAUUCACAAAAACACACCAGUUCCACAUGUGUUUCCCAGGUUUGAUUAUUAUGUUUCUAAAGGUCCAGUGUGUAGGAUUAAGUGGGAUCUAGCGUUGAGGUUGCAGAAAUUAAACUCUUGUUGGCCACUGCGGUGGGCUACUGUAGAACAACAUGACUGACUUUGUUUAAGAGG